GGCUCGGGCGAAGGGUGCACGGUGGUACAGGCCGGCGCAGACAUUCAGCCCACGGUACUUCUCGGCCGGAGACGCCAGCAGGACGGCGAGGGGCUGGGUGGCGAGGGGCGGGAUCGGCCCUGCGCCCCGCCCUGCCCGCCUCUUGCCGCCGCUCUUCUUUGCCGCGGGCGGCGGGGGCAACGAGAGGCGGCGGACAGGCUUUUGGUCUUCUGCUCGGCGGGGCCGCAGCCGGCGGCGCAGUGAGGUUUCAAUACUUGCUGUGAUUCUUCAGAUUUGUUCUCUUCUUGAAAUGGUAGGACUAGGAAACAGCUGUCGCGGGAUGAAGUCUCCACCACUCCUCGUGGCUGCACUCGUGGCGUGCAUAAUUGUUUUGGGUUUCAAUUACUGGGUUGCAAGUUCUCGCAGUAUGGAUCUGCAGGGUCGAGUCAUGGAUCUGGAAGGCAAAGUCCGCAGGGCAGCAGCGGAGCGGGGUGCUGUGGAACAAAAAAAGAAUGAAUUCCAAGGGGAGCUAGAGAAGCAACGACAGCAGAUUGAUAAAAUCCAGUCCUUGCACAGCUUUCAGAUGGAAAAUGCGAACAGAGUACAUCAAGAAGAGAAGGCAUUGCUGAUGAGUAACAUCACAGUAAAUGAUCGACUGAUUCAGAGUCUACGAGAACACGUGAAAGAGUUACAGACAGAAUAUGGAAAGCUACAGCUGGAUGUUUACUGGUUUCAGAAGAACCAGACUAACCUUCAGAGGAAGUUCUCAUAUGACCUCUCACAGUGCAUCAACCAGAUGAAAGAAUUAAAAGAACAAUGUGAAGAAAGAAUAGAUGAGCUUAGAAAAAAGAAUAUCAAUGUACCACAAAUCAAAGAAAACAAAGACGUCACAGAAGAUAGCCGGGCUUCUACUCAACUGCCAGCCUUGAAGCAAGCAGGGCUCAAGCAGGCUGACUUGGAACAGCAGAAAACCAAUGAAGAUGUUCCUAAAGCAGUAGCUACAGUAAGAAAGAUAGACCUGAUGCAGGUUAAAGGAAGAACAGACAGCCUAACUGACAUGAGAAAACAGGAGCCUAAGGCAGAAGAGGAGCAACUUUCCAGUCAGUUGGAAAAACCUCAAGAGUUGCUGAAGGCUGCUGCAGGUCACAAGGAGAUGCUGCCUGUGUCAGAGAAGGAGCCAAAUCCACCUGAGGAUGAGAAACACGUAGCUGGGCAAGAUACGUCAGAGCCAAUUGCAAAGCAGGCUGCCAGUGAGGAAGUUGAGAGGGAACAGUUCCUAAGUUAUGAUGACAAGCAGGAUGACUUGCUCCCUGGAAAGGCUGACAAACAGGAACGUGAAGAAGUGAACCAGAACAAGGACGUCGAUUACAAUUUAGAUGUGAAUGAAGCUGAAUCAGAAACUGACAAGCAAGCAGCACUUGCUGGGAUUGAAAAUGUUCAAAACCAUGAAGAUAUGAAGAACCACUUACCUGACAAUGGUCAAGGAUUACAGAAAUUGUGAACAAAGGAACUUCAUGAUACAACUGAGUCACCUCUUCACCCAAAUGCAGCCAUGAUCCAAGCAAAGUCAUCUUAGAAGGUUUUGAUUAUCUUCUAAAGGCUUGACUAAGGGCCCAAACCAAGUAGUAUUUUCUUGUGAAGUUUUAGUACUGUUGCAGUGAAGAAAAGAGGUAUAUCUCUGGAGGCUUGUUGCAAAGCAGUUUGGCCUCUGCAAUGACUUUCUCCUUCCUAUCAAUUAUAAAAUUGCAAUCAGGUAGCAAUAAAGUUAGUAACUUUGAAGUUGGCUACUUUGUAUAGUCAUACUGCAGUAAGCGUGUGUGUGGAUUGGUGGUGGAUGAUGAGCAGUCCUCUGCCAAGGAUGGACCUCUCUGCUGAGAAAGCACAACUGUAGUCCUCAGAUACUAUGCAGAAUGAUAUAUGUACCUGGGCCUCUAAAUAAAAUUCCUAGAGUACACUGUCAAGAUGUGUUCUUAGCUUCAAAGUUAAAAAAAACCCAAAAAGGAUUCUGACAAUAGAAGCUUCCUGCUAAGAGAUUAGCCAGGAAGAUUUUUCUGAAAGCUUUGUUGGAUUCCACAAGGUCAGUACUACAAUUUGGUUUGGUUACCACUACUAGGCACAAGUUUAGUGUAAAAAUUCAAACUCAUAAACUUUUCAUGACAGAAGCCCUCUGAAAUGCGUACUACAACUACCUUUUAUUCCACCCAGCCACUUUCUUUUGUGAAAACAGAGGAAUGCAAAUGCUUGCCUUGUACAACAGCAAUCUCAGCUGUUCAACAUGACUAAUCUUCUCUGCUGGACUUCUGACAGAGGUAACCAGACUAUGCCUUUAGAAGACAAGGCAGUCUUCCACAGGUGACACUUUAGUUGUUGUGAAGUUGUAUGUUAAUUACAGUGUAUCAUCUUGUUAAUGUUCUGCAGUCUUUUCUGUUAAAUGUAAACUGAACUUGUUAAAUGUAAACUAAAAUGUAAACUAAAAACUAUUUUACACCCUUAACUGCAGUCCAACCACCAUGUAUAGGCAGCUGGCUUGAAGAAAUUUUUAUAUUUGUGUCUGCUCCCAAGACUGACACCCGUGUUUGGAGCAUUGUUUGUGAGCCAACCUCUACCAAGACAGCACAGCUGCCAGACAGCUAUGGCUAACUUGCCAACCAGCAUUCCAUUUAAGAAAACAUAAAUUUGUCUUUGCCUUCUGUUAAAGCACUUCACUUUGUAACUCCUUUUGUGGUGUGUCAUUCUUCAGUGUACUAGUUUAUCCUGUACCUCAAGAUGAGGCUGGCUGUUUUGUGUAUGAAGAGAGUAUUAGUUGUCAUCAAGUGAAGGUCAGUUAAGUCAAAAGAUGCCUGUUAAGCCUAAACACAGAAACAGUUCACCAACAGUUUUUCACCAUUUAAGUAAGACCUAACUGGUCUGGGCUACUACAGUCAACACAGCAGGGAAAACAUGCUUGUAAAUGGGAGAGAAGAGGAAUGAGCAUCUGUUCUGACAAGUAUUGGGAAGCUGUGGUUACUGGGAUCUUUUUUGCAAAUAACAACAGCUUUGAACAUCAAAGUGUUUACCCAUAAUUUGGAUAAAAAUAUUUACCCAUCUUCUGACCAUUUUCCUAGGACUUAAUCUGUAAACAAUUAUGCAGCUGAGAUUUAAGUUGAUCAGGAAUUUAAUAUUGAUUGUUAAAAAGCAUAUAUUCUAACAGUAAAAAAUAGACAGUGAAACACUAAAAUCAAGUUGUACGAAUAGCUUUACCAGUACCAAGUUAAAAAUUCCAAGGAAUCAAACACUUAAGGGUAAUUAAUAUAUUGCAAGAGGAUUAUUUUAAAACUAAUUGUUUUGGCUAUGCUUCUGCACAUUUUUGGGCUUCUUCUAGCCAACUGGAUGUUGUCCUCCAUAAAUACGACCACCUCUGUACAAAGCACACUUGUAAACCUCUGAGGGCAAAGGGUCUGAAAACAUGCAUAAGAGCAGUGUUCGAAAUCAAGGACUACAGUUUUAUUCGUAAUGACCUCAAAUGCUUCAAUCUAACUCGGGUGGUUUCUAGUAGGCAAGAGGCCUGUAUGUCUACUGUACAGAACUUUAGAAUUAAAAGACCUGUAGUUGAACAAGAGAUGAAUUUGGAACUGUGGUGUACAUAGUGUUGUCUCUCACUAAAGUUUUUAGUUCUGUAAGGCAUUACUACUUUUCUCUAAGCAUCUUGGUGUUUUAUUAGCACUUUGGUUUGGUUUUCUUUACAACUAAACUUGAUCCAUUUUAGGUAAGCAUUUAAAAGUAAUCUUCUCUGGUGUACUGAUGUUAUUUAGUACAAUUCAUCCAGUUCUAAUUCUAAUUAGAAGGGGAAAUAUUAUUAUUGCUAUUUUAUUGGUUCCACAAAUCACAUGUAAUUUGCUUUCUCUUUUACUUUGGAGAAAUAACAAAGGCUGUGCUUGAGCUACUGUCAUGUAGUUCAGGAUCUUUAAGAUGGGAAAGAUUUCGUGACUGUUUACAAGAAGCCAGAUGAAUGUUCUGUGCCAUUUUACCACUGCAUAUUCCAGGCUUUUUAUUCCUUUGGCAGCUAUAUGGAAGCAUUCAAGUGUAUUAAUCAUGAUGAUAAGCAAACAUGUAAUGUGAUAUGCCAUUUCUUUAGCAGAGAAUUUGGAAAAAAACAUGUCUUCAGGACAGUACUUCUGCUUAUUUCAGGAAGCUGCAAAUUGCUGGAAGACAAGUUGGGUGUUCCACCUCAGAGGUUACUCACUGUUUACAAGCUCUAGCUCUGCAGUGCUGCUGGUCGGGGGAUGAAGCUGAAGUGAUAUUAAUCCACAGUAAAAUCAGGUGAUGUUUUGGUUUAACACCAAAAAAUGUUCUAUAUGGCCAAUAUGGAGUUACAUCCAUACAGUGGAAGUCAUUGUACACCAAAAUCAAGAUUUGCUGUGUCCAACAAAAGAUUUCCUUGUAUGGCCUAGGUAUGACUUGGCCAGGACCAGGUCCGCUUUUUGAACAUUUUUUCCUUGCUUGUAGCAAAGGAAAAACAUUUCUUGGCUACAACACAACAGCUUACCUCUAUUAUUUCACAUCUGAAAGCUUGGAAGGCAUAACUAAUCCAGGAAGGUGGGGAUAGGUUUGGGGCUUCUCCUGUUUUGGAAAUCUACCUGAAAAUUACUACAGAGACAAUAGGAUGGAGCAGCCCCAUUGCAGUCAAAAAUGGAGAAUAAAGAUCAUGCAAAUGUAGCAAUCCCUUGUUUGCACAAGCAAAUACUAGGAUUGUAACAAAGUUGCAGAAUUGGUAAAAUAGAGUCUUCAGUGUCUGGUGAUAUUGCUAGUGACUACCGGAGUAUCUGCUGUGCAGAUUCUUCAGCACUUGGAGAACAAAGACAAACAAAUUCCAACUAGGAAUCAUUCACUCAAUUGCUCAACGACUAAUUUUUCUCCAACAUUUCUCUACUUGCUAAAUGAGCAAUUCUGAUACAAUUAUACAAAACCACAGGAACUCAAAAUUUCUCCAAGUGACUGCAAAUGCAGAAUUGCAGUAGCUUAGCUGUGCACAUCAGACAAGAGGCUCUAUUGCAUGAUUUUUAUUCAGUUCCUAACGCACCACUUUGUCAGAACUCAGUAAUAAAAAUUAUUUAUGAUCAAAAUCUGUAAUAAUAUCAACUAAGAUACAAUGUUCUUUAAUAAUACAGUUGAUUAAAAUCAGCUUCAUGCAUAAAAUCCAAUAAACUUUAUACAAACCACUUUAAAACAGCAGUUGUCAUUCAAAUCACAAAAAGGCAGCAGUACAGAUAUUCCAUGUGACAGUAUUUUUAUCCUGGACAUCGCUUGUAGUCCAAGUGCAGCAGUAGUUAUUCCCCCUCCCAGAGCUGGUAUCUGCUACACAGAUAUUCUUCAGGUAUUCUAAAAAAUGUCUUGUACUUCAAACAAGCUUCACAACUGGGAAGUACUUGUGAGGAGAGAAGUCAAAUUCUGGAGGAACCUAUAAAGAAAAGAUUUAAGAUUAGACAUUAGACAGCAGUACUACUGCAUUUAAUACUUAUUACGAGAACAACCUGCAGACAGAAAAAAAAAAUUAAACAGCAACAGAUUGAAAAAACAUAGUCCUUGUGGCAGCCAGCAUUCCCAUCACUUUGUUCACACAAGCUGCUGUUACGCUUGC